AUGCCAGCUGCCGUGUCCGUUGUGGCCGCAUGGGCUGCCGGGCACAGCCUGAGUAUCAGCGCCGACAGUAGCGGUGCCGCUCUGUUCUGCAUCGCCUCACACCGACAGUCUGACGAGGACACGGCCGACCAUCGUCUGGGCGGUGGGAAGCCACGCGUCAAUCCCACCCUGUGCGUCUGCUCGGCAAUGCGAUUGAUCGACACCUCAAUUUUGUUUCGCACGUCACCGUCGCUGCAGGGCAGACCGUGCCACGCGUAUCAACGAAGGGUAACUCUGUCCACCUGGCCGCCAGUCCAGCACCGCUGCGGAGGAUUGUUGGGUUCUGCGCACCCACACGGCACGAACGCCUCACACGUCUCCGUUAUAUUGAGGACGUGCGUGGCGCAGUAUGCUCGGAAACCACACCUUCGUCAAUACCUGGGAAGGCAGCGACGACCAUUCUGCUGCCGGGAGAUGCCGUCCUCAAGGAACUGCGACGCGUCCGCAGCCGCAUGA